CAAACCAAAGCUUGCAAAAUAGCGUCCAAUCCUGCGAGAUUCUAUGAUAUCUGGACAUUCUCGCGACAAUGACAGCGGGAUUUGUUAAAUUACAGAAAAUAUGGCGGACAGGCUAACACAGCUCCAAGACGCUGUCAAUUCGCUUGCAGAUCAGUUUUGUAAUGCCAUCGGUGUGCUGCAACAAUGUGCGCCCCCUGCCUCCUUCAGUAACAUCCAGACGGCUAUCAACAAAGAUCAGCCAGCAAACCCAACCGAAGAAUAUGCCCAGCUAUUUGCAGCCCUGAUCGCCAGAACAGCCAAAGAUGUGGAUGUACUAAUUGACUCUCUGCCCAGUGAGGAGUCCACGGCAGCUCUGCAGGCGGCCAGUCUACGGCAGCUGGAGGAGGAGAACCACGAGGCAGCAGCUCGUCUGGAGGAGGUGGUUUACCGCGGCGAUAUGCUGCUGGAGAAGAUCCAGAGCGCCCUGGCUGACAUUGCCCAGUCUCAGCUCCGCACCCGCAACGGAGCACCGAGCCAUCCUUCACCAGCCGAAUCCUGACCACAACGUACAUAAUGCAGUUCUGGACAGUUUUCCCGUCAUUUCCCUUUCAUUUUCACUCUUAAUUUUUACCCUCAGACAUCAGCUGCAAGCCUCAAAACACUCAAAGAUAUGCUGAAUGUAUCUGUAAAGGAAAUGCCAGGUGCCAUGCAUUAAGUGAAAUAUCACUUUUAUCGCUUAAUUACAAUGUUAUCGUCACACAGCAGCCACUGGUCUGACAGCAAACACGCACUGAAAAAUGUAUCUUGAGUGUAAAACACUAGAUGCCAGUUGGGAAAGAGUACAAGAAGACGUCUUCACAUACACACUGUUUUUUUGUUUACCUUUCUGCUGAUACAGAAAGUUUGGAAAAAUACUUCUUUACAGUCCAGACUGUGGUCUGAAUGUGUGAACAGUCACCCUGUCAUGUUUUUUAUGUUUUAUGUAUAUGUUGUAUAUUGAUUAGGUCUGGUUUUGUAGAUAUUUAUGAAUGAAACAAUUGAAAUUCUGGUUUUGGAUUAUCCUAACUCACAACACUCUUCAGAGCAGUUAACAGAUCCGCUCAGCUCACUUUAACUCCAUGUCUGAAGCAUCUUGUUCUUUUUUUUUUUUAAUAAAGCUUGAACAAAG